AUGAAGCAGGAAGAGGAGGUGGCACCCCGUGUUGGAGUGGGCAGUGAGUUCGUGCAGCCACUACAGGAUCUUCGGAUGUCGAUGGCUCUCAUGGCUCCCAAUGCUCCUAAGGCCCGCGGCUUGGCGGAUUUAUUCUCACCGGCUCUGAUUCGACAACUACUUGUGGCUAUUGGUGUGGCAGGCGCCCAACAGCUCACGGGCGUCAACGCCGUGUUCUUCUACUCGUCCGGCAUUUUCAAGCAAGCAGGACUUUCGGAUAGUCGUAUUGGUGUGUUGCUGGUCAAUUUCGUCAACGUUCUUCCGACGCUAUUCUGUGGCAUGUUGUCAGCACGUCUGGGCAAUCGCAAGCUCAUCUUGAUUGGAUUUACCGGAAUGUUCUGCAGUGCAGUCGGCAUGACGGCGUCGCUGGUUGGUAGUUUACCCGCGCUGGCAAUCGUGUUUACUGCGCUUUACGUGACUACGUUCGGAUCAAGUCUAGGGCCGUUGGCGUGGGGUAUCAUGGCUGACCUCUUCCCGGACGAUGUUCGAGCUAUGGGAUGCUCGAUUUGUGUGGGCUGUAGUUGGCUGUGCAGUCUUAUGAUCGGUCUUGGCUAUCCGUACAUUGCUGCUGCGUUCGACAACUACAGCUUCGUGCCGUUCAUGUGCACUGUGACACUGGCAUUCCUCUUUGUACACUCGUUUGUGCCUGAAACGUAUGGCAAAACCAUUCAAGAGAUUCAAGAUGAAUUUGAAUCGCGACGAUUGAAAAAGAACCGUGAUCGCGAUCAGUGGCGUUUAUCAGGCAAUAGUCAGAUUGCAGUGCUGGGCUAA